AUGAGGGCCAUCUACCUCCUCCUCUGCAUCACCCUGCUCCGAGGAACAGCCGGGAGCAUCUUCAGGCGACCCUACCUCCAAGACUUGGACGGUCUGAUCGUCACACCGCUAGACUACUACGAUCAAGUUCCAGCGAAACACCCGAACAUAAACUACCACAGGGAUUCCUCGUCCGAGGAAACCAAAGAACGGGAUGACAAGUCAAGAGACGUGCCAGCAUCAUACCGAAGUGGAAUAGAUUGGAACGCCCCCCUUUUGUCAGCCGUUAUCAACCAGGGCGAUCAAAUGCCAUAUGGUGACGUCAUCGCCUGGCAGGGAGUCCAAAUAGCAGCAGGACCCAAAUCACCGGUGACAAACAAGAAAGACAUCGAACGCAUCUUCAUCGACGCCUAUCAGACCAUGCAACAUGUCACCGAGGAAGACAAAACCAAGUACCACGAAGCUUUCAACAAGCUGACGAGGAAGGAAGACGUCAACUCUAACGCCACUGAACUCAUCAGACGCCACAACUAUAAAGUCGAAGAACACAUUGUGAAAACAGAUGACGGUUAUAUCCUUACACUGUUCAGGAUCCAACCUAGAGAAGUUACCCUGGACAUUAAGGAUCGUCCGGCCGUAUUCCUCAUGCACGGUCUUCUAGGAAGCGCUGACGACUGGCUACUGAUGGGCCCUGAAAAGUCACUGGCCUACCUUCUGGCUGAUGCUGGAUACGAUGUAUGGUUGGGUAACAUCAGAGGUAGCAGAUACUCCCGACACCACGUCAGCAAGCACGUCUCUCACCCCGACUUCUGGAGAUUCAGCAUCGACGAGAUAGCCCUUCAUGAUUUACCAACAAUGAUCGACUAUGUCUUAAAGUACUCGAAACAAGAGAAGCUGUUCUACGUCGGCCACUCCCAGGGUACGACCGCCUUCUUCGCCUUGACUUCGUCUCGCCCAGAGUACAGAGAGAAGAUAGCCAUGAUGUUCGCCAUGGCUCCGAUGGUUUACAUGAAUCACGUCCGCAGUCCUCUCAUGAGAAUGAUAUCCCCGAGCAGCCGCUUCUACGAGAACUUACACACGGAACUCGGACACGGCGAGUUCAAGCCAACCAAGGAGGUGGUCCACACCAUCGGCGGGAACAUGUGCAAGAAAGAAAUUCAAUGCGAAUUUAUUUGCUCGAACGUCAACUUCGUCGUAGCCGGUUUUGACACUUCAGACAUGGAGUACGAUCUAGUGCCCGUGAUCGUCAGACACUUGCCUGCCGGUGCUUCCACGAGACAGAUCAAGCAGUACGGUCAGGCUGUUGAUUCUGAGGGAUUGAGGAAGUACGACUACGGUUCAGACAUCAACACCAUGAUAUACGGACAACACCAGCCUCCUCGAUACAACAUGACAGAGGUCAAGGUGCCUGUGGCUCUGUACUACAGCGAGGAGGACUGGCUGGCUCAUCCCAAGGACGUGGAGAGGUUACACGCAGAACUACCAGACGUGAGAGACUUGUUCAAGGUGCCGACCGAACACUUCAGCCACAUGGACUUCCAGUUCUCUAAGCACGCCCCUCAGGUCGUCUACAAGAGACUCAUCGAAUCCAUCAAGAACCACUCCUACUAG